AUGGUACAGCCCAAGAUCCUCUUCUGUGCCACCAUUGUUCUUCUGGUUUGCAUGUCAAAUGCCACCAACACACCACAAGAGUUGGCCCUCCUGCAAUGGAAAGCCUCUUUAGCUGAUGCCAACUCUCUGUCUUCAUGGUCACCAGCAGGGAACUCCACCUGCUGCUCAUGGUUGGGCAUCACAUGUGACGCUGCAGGCCAUGUCGUUGAACUUAGCCUUCCCAGUGCUGGGCUCAGCGGCAAGCUUGAUGCCUUCGACUUUGCUGCAUUUCCAAACCUCACUAAGCUCAACCUCAUGAACAACAGCCUUGUAGGUGUCAUUCCCUAUCGCCUCUGCGAGCUUCCUAGCAUUGCCUGGUUGGAUCUGGGAUCCAAUUACCUGACCAACCCAGACUACAGUAGGCUCUCUCCGAUGCCAGCCUUGGAGUAUCUGUCGGUGUCCAGAAAUAAGCUCAAUGGAGCAUUUCCACAGUUCAUCCUCAACUGCACCAACUUGAUAUUUCUUGACCUGUCAAAAAAUGCUUUCAAUGGUCCUAUACCAGACUUGCUGGCCAAGAUGACUCCGAAUUUAGUGCACCUGAACUUGUCUUCGAAUGAAUUUUCAGGUACAAUACCAAGAUCACUUGCGCAGCUGCCAAAGCUCCAAGAGCUACGACUCAGAUCAAAUAUUUUCAGUGGAGGGUUCCCGGAGAUGCUCACCACAAUGUCCACGUUGCAGGUCCUUACACUGGGGAAUAACACCCUCAGUGGAUCAAUACCUAUGGGCAUUGGUAACUUAACAAGCUUGCAGGUCCUAGGCCUGACAAAUAACAACUUUACUGGACCACUUCCCAUGUCGAUUGGAAAGAUGAAGCAUCUUCGAGCAUUUCAUCUUUUCAACAACGACCUCAACGGGGCAAUACCACCGGCGAUUGGAAACAUGACUGCACUGCAACAACUCUUCCUUGGGAACAACUACUUCAAUGGCACCAUACCACCGGAGAUCGGAAACAUGACUGCAUUGCAACAACUUGAUCUUAGAAACAACCAGCUGGAAGGUGAAGUACCUGCAGCCAUCUCAUUGCUCCGAAAUCUCAACUAUCUAGCCCUGGGCACCAACAGAUUAACGGGUACAAUACCUUUAGAUCUUGGCUGCAGGCAGCCACUCAAUCUCAUUGGUUUAGCCAACAAUAGCUUCUAUGGAGAGUUACCACAAGGCCUAUGCAGAUCUUUUGCAUUAGAAGUGCUGGCUCUGAACAACAAUAAUUUGUCAGAUCUUUUGAGUGUUUACAGAAUACCAUGGUGUCGGAAACUGAGGGACUUCGGGGUUACCAAAAUUAUUGUGGGAUUGCCAGCUUGCCACCACAAGCGAGCAACCAAGCUGAUCAUGCCUGCAAGUCAUCUUGUGUAG